AUGUCUUUUUCUUCACUUUCAUCUUCUCAUCAUAAGUUUCUUUUAUCUCUAUAUUCUGAUGUUGAGCUAAAGUCUUUUGAGGAUGCCAAUCAACACUCUAAUUGGUGUAGUGCUAUGAAAGAUGAGCUGGAUGCUCUUGAGUUAAACAAAACUUGGCAUCUUAUUGAUUGCCCUGCAGGUGUUAAGCUGGUUGGCUGUAAAUGGGUCUAUUGCAUCAAACGCAAGCUUGAUGGUUCAGUUGAUCAAUAUAAGGCAUGCCUUGUGGCUAAAGGAUUCACUCAGACUGAAGGUGUUGAUUUCUUGAAAAUCUUUUUCCCUAUUGUCAAGCCUAGCAUCAUUAGAUUGGUUUUGGCAUUGGCCUCUUUGAAGCAUUGGCCCAUACAUCAGUUGGAUAUCAAUAAUACUUUCUUGUAUGUAGAUCUUUCUGAAGAUGUUUAUAUGACUCUGCUACCAGGGUUACAUCUCCUCGACCGAAUCAAUGUUGUAAGCUGCUGA